AUGGAAUCUUUUAGAUAUAGAGUAAAUAAUGUAUAUGAAAAUAUUACUAAGAAAUAAUUAGAAAAUUAUAAAUUAGUUGAUUUUAAAAAAAAGAUGUUAAAAAGUCCUGAUUUAAAAGAAUAUUAUGAGAAAAAUAUAAAUGAGAAAUAACUUAUUAUAGAAAGUAUAUAAAAGCUUUAACAUUAAAUAAAGAAAAAUGAAGUUAGAUGUGAUGGAGAAUGUCCUGAAUAUUUACUUCCUUUGUUUUUGAAAGAUAAAAUAAGUAUGGCUUAAGAAAAAAUAAAGAAGAUACUUGUCUAUCAGCCUGAAAACAGUAAUCUUUAGAAAAAGGUUAGACUUAAUAAAUAUGUUUAUAUUAAUGAAAGUAAAGAAAAUGAUGGGGAAACAGAUCCUUCGAGACUUAAAAUUAUUUCAAGAAGAAAAUAAUGGAAAUUAAGACAUGGUUUUAAAUUAAGAAAGAUUAAUAAAAGAUUAGAAAAGAAAGGUAUAUUUUAAUCUUGA